GAAAAGGGGCAAAUGUGCGCUGUGGCGGAGAAGGAAGGAGGACAACGAGUGCGCAAAUACGUGUCCAGACAGAGCACCGUCCCAGGACUGAUCUCUCGUGUCUUCGCCCUCCAGCCGUGAGCCUGUCUCGGGGUGAAGAGUCCAUCAGCAUCCGCCAGGCAGCCGUUACCUUCAUCACACACUUUCUACGGAGCUCGGUUAUUCUUAGCUCAGCUGCGCGAGAGUCUGUCCUUCCGGUCCUCCUCUUGUUUAUCCCAGUUUCUUGAAUAUUUAAUGGAAAAUGGCGAUCUGCGCGCAGUCGUAUGGUAUUUUCUGCCUCUUUACUAUCCAAACUGUACUUGUCCUAUACGUCUCUACGCCGACCACCGGGACCCACCUCUUCCCCCAGCACUACACAAUGAUCCACUGGGCCGGGCGAAUUGAGAAGGAGCUGGAGAAGGUGCUGCAGCACGUCACCGGGACACAGCAGAUGAGAUCGAUUUAUAAUGAGAAGAAAAGCCAGUUCGAGAUCAAGAGGAACAACCCCAAGGACUUAGUGGAGAGAGUGGCUCGAGACAUCUCCAAACUGCUCAACAGUAAGAGGAAAGCGCUGGAGAAGCUGGCCCGAGAGGCGGAGCAGCUACAGAAGGAGCAUGUUUGGCAGGACGGCGUCACGACAGAGGAUGGAGAGGAGGAGAAUCCAUUGGAGAGCUCCACGUCUUUAGAGUUGGAGUUUGUGGAUGAUCCCAAUUUUAAAAACAAGGUCAACUACUCCUCCAGCGCUGUGCAGAUCCCCACUGAUAUCUACAAAGGCUCCCCGGUCAUCCUAAAUGAGCUGAACUGGACUCAGGCACUGGAGCGAGUCUUUAUUGAGAACCGCAAAGAGGACAGCUCCCUCCGGUGGCAGGUGUUUGGCAGUGCGACCGGCGUCACGCGCUACUACCCAGCUACUCCAUGGAGAGCACCCAACAAAAUCGACCUGUACGAUGUCCGCAGAAGGCCGUGGUACAUCCAGGGCGCUUCCUCUCCAAAGGACAUGGUCAUCAUUGUGGAUGUGAGCGGCAGUGUCAGUGGACUCACUCUCAAACUGAUGAAGACCUCAGUCAUCGAGAUGCUGGACACUCUAUCAGAUGACGACUAUGUCAACGUCGCCAGGUUCAACGAAAAGGCUGAUGCGGUGGUCCCCUGCUUCAAGACCCUGGUCCAGGCCAACGUUCGCAACAAGAAGAUUUUCAAAGAUGCUGUGAUGCACAUGCAGGCCAAAGGGACCACAGAUUACAAGUCUGGAUUCACAUUCGCCUUUGAGCAGCUCCUCAAUGAGUCCAGUGCCCCCAGGGCCAAUUGCAAUAAGAUGAUCAUGAUGUUUACAGACGGAGGGGAGGACCGUGCGCAGGAGGUGUUUGAGAAGUACAACUGGCCCAACAAAACCGUCCGAGUCUUCACCUUCUCUGUCGGACAGCACAACUAUGACGUCACGCCGCUGCAGUGGAUCGCCUGUGCCAACAAAGGUUACUACUUUGAAAUCCCAUCGAUAGGUGCCAUCAGAAUAAACACGCAGGAGUAUCUAGAUGUCCUGGGACGGCCCAUGGUGUUGGCUGGACCCAAAGCCAAGCAGGUCCAAUGGACUAAUGUCUAUCAGGACGCGCUGGGUUUGGGUCUCGUCAUCACCGGGACAAUGCCUGUCUUUAAUCUGACUGCUGAUACUGCCAGUUCUCAGAACCAGCUCAUUCUUGGCGUAAUGGGAGUCGAUAUAGCAAUUAAUGAAAUCAAGAAGAAGACACCAACGUACAGACUUGGAGCUAAUGGUUACACCUUCGCAAUCGACCCAAAUGGUUAUGUACUACUUCAUCCAAACCUACGGCCAAAGAUCAUUAACUUCAGGGAGCCGGUCACUCUGGACUUUCUGGAUGCGGAGAUGGAAGACAACAACAAGGAGGAGAUCCGUCGACAGAUGAUUGAUGGAAGAUCAGGGCAAAGGAAAAUCAAGACGCUCAUUAAAUCAGUUGAUGAGAGAUACAUCGAUGAGUCUUGGAGGACGUACACUUGGACUCCAGUAGAAGGCACCGAUUACAGUUUAGGGCUGGUGUUGCCCAUUUACAGCGAAAACCACAUCAAGGCCAAUCUGAGUGACCAGAUUCUACAGGUGCAGUAUUUUGAAUCACUGCUGCCAAACAGUUUUGAAUCAGAAGGACAUGUUUUCAUUGCUCCCAGGGAAUACUGCAAUGACCUGGAGCUGUCCAACAACAACACGGAAUUUUUACUCAACUUUAUCGCACUCAUGGAGAAAGUGACGCCAGAUUCAAAGCAAUGCGAUAACCUGCUUCUCCAUAAUUUGAUCCUGGACACGGGCAUCAUCCGUCAGCUGGUGGAAAAAGUUUGGAAGAACAAAGACCUCAACACGUAUGGUUUCUUGGCUGUGUUUGCUGCCACUGAUGGAGGUGUAACAAGAGUAUUUCCAAACAAAGCUGCGGAAACUUGGGAGGAGGAUCCAGAACCAUUUAAUGCCAGUUUUUACCGUCGCAGUUUGGACAAUAAGGGGUACAUCUUCAGAGCGCCUUACCGAACUGCCCAAGAUGAGUUCCUAAACCCAGAGAAUGACACUAUAGGCAUCCUGGUGAGCACAGCCGUGGAAAUCACAGUGGGAGGGAAGACUGUCAAACCUGCAGUGGUCGGAGUUAAAUUGGACCUGGAAGCUUGGGUCGACAAAUUCAAAAUCCUCGCCAGUAACCAAACUGAUCGGCAAGGGACCAAUCAGUGUGGACCAAACCGUCCAUGUGAAAUGGAUUGUGAAGCCCACAGUGAUGACCUUGUGUGCUAUUUAGUUGACGAUGGUGGAUUUUUGAUCAUGUCAAAUCAGAAAGAAGACUGGAAUAAGGUGGGCAUGUUUUUCAGUGAAGUGGACCCUUACCUCAUGUACGCGCUCUACAACAACUCUUUCUUCAACCGAAAGGAGUCGUACGAUUAUCAGUCUGUAUGUGAGCGCAUCCCCAACAGUGAGGCAGGAGCAGGACCACGAUCAGUGUUUGUGCCUACGAUAGCAGAUUUUGUAAAUAUAGCCUGGUGGACAUCUGCAGCUGCAUGGUCCUUAUUUCAGCAGUUUAUUUAUGGACUUGCGUAUCACAGUUGGUUCGUCAGAGAUGUGGAAGCAGCUGACAGUGUGGACUCUAAAGAAAGGAGCUGUGUGAUGGUGCAGACGCAGUAUUAUCUGACCAACCUGACCAGCUCCUACAACAUACUGCAGGACUGUGGCAACUGCUCCAGGUUGAUCCACGCUAAAAGGUUAAAUAACACCAACCUGCUGUUUGUGGUGGCUGAGAAGUUGCUCUGUAACUCCUGUGAGAUUGAGAGGCUCUCACAAGAACAGGAAGAAUACAAAGAAGAGAAUCCCUGUAACGUCAUGGCUCCAGCGCGCUACAGGAAAGGACCCUCCACCUGUUUCGACAACAACAACUCUGAGAACACGUCAGACUGUGGGCGGGGCUACUCUUUCCGCCCAUCGCUUUAUUCACUGCUGCUCAUUCAGCUGCUCCUGCUUUACCCCGCCCUCAGCCCCUACGCCCCGUCUCUAACACAUUAACUCCACUCACCUCUGCUGUCCUGGUAUAGCCCGCCCAAGCCUUAUUUACGAUCCCGUAGCCCCAACACCACUGUCCACAUCUGUGCCCCUAUGUUCCCCAAAAUAUAGUCAACGGUAACGGGACUUCUAUAGUGGCAGAAGCCCCUUAUAGUGCCACGCUGCCCACUUUGCUUCAGUCAUUUGUGGCAAUUGAUAUCUUUGGACAUUCAGUAUAUCAGAGUGGCAUCAGAAGACACGUCCAUAAAAAGAAAGUAAUUAUUCAUGACUGUUACAUGGGACCAGGAAGUCAACAAACUAAAUGUCCUGCUUCUUGCAUUGUCCAGCUGUUGUUCUAAGAAGAUGUGUGGACAGUUCAACCAGUUCUAGCCACCAUGACAGAAAAUACCUUGAAAAAACUAUUGCAAAUGUCAGUGCUGAAGUGAUACUCAAAGCAUAUAUUAUGAUUAUUAAGGUUUUUAUUUGGAAAAAAGAAGCUGUUAGAUGUUAACUUCAUUUAUGCACUACUUCAAUGUCUACUUGCCAAACAGAGAUAGACUUUCAUGUGUACUUAUUUUUAUAUAGCCAAAAUGUGCUGAGGAAAAUGGCUUUUGAUUUUAGAUUUAAGAUAACCGAGUGCUGAUUCAUUUCAUCUACUCGGGAUUACGGCAAUUACAUGCUUUUUGUUACAUUUGUUUAAAAAUAUCCUUUUAUUUAAGCUAUUUCUGUCAACAUGAAUCAGUGAUUAGAGACUAGAGCAGUGGUUCUCAAACUGCGGUACUGUUUCCUGUAGUGAUAUAUGAAUUUUAGUUGAGUUUUUAUCUUGCUCUAGAGUUAAGACGUUGCAUCUGGCCCUAGUUUGUUCAGUCCUGGUUUAGUUCUAUCAUAGUUAAUCUAAAGCUAAUAAUUUAGACGUGGGU